AUGACGAGCGCCACAGAUACGAUCGAAUUGCAGAAUCGUAAUGGAGAUACCGAUGGCAGGAAUCGGCUAACGCCCGAGCUGUAUGCUCGUCUAGUAUUAGGCUUUGCGAAACAUUCCAAACACCCUGUCUAUCCCGGGAAACACUAUACUGCCUUAGCACGGCUCCUCACCUCCCCAUACCAACGGCUUUCAACAGACGCUGAAAAUCCUACUGUCGAAGAGACAAAUCCAAACGCGAUCUACCUCUACGACUUAGCUGUCGACAGUGGUAAGCCGGAACGAAUCCACACGUUCAAUACCAUAGACGAGAUCGACCACUAUGAUGAAGAAAGUCGCAGAAAAGAGCAAGGAGGCCGCCUCAUAUUUCUUCAGGGAUAUCUCGCACCAAAAUGGCUCAACCAUAAUGGAUCCAAGUUCGAAAUCGAUCCUGAAUUCUAUUUGAGACACCUGGACUUCUCAUCCUCAGUGGUUGCCCGAGCACUAUCCAAUGCUUUCUCUGCCGUCCUCCGCAGAGAUUAUUCGCGUCCGCAUGACGUCGAUGAUAUGACAGAGUAUCUGAAGAGUCUGGGCCAGGGCAAAAAGGUCGUACCCUCAGACUUGAUCGUCCGUCACUUCUCCGUAUUUGACACUCACCAUUUUGCUAUCGAGCAGGCGGUGACCAUGCACGUUAAUUACGACAAUCCUGGUUGGACAGCACUCAUCUGGCUCGACCAAGGCCGAGAUCUACAUUUAUCCCGCCACGGCCCAUGGAGGGAUCUACAACGCGGAAAUGCAAGUAGUCUAGCAACCCAGCCCAUAAUCCAAUACCGCAAGCGCAUCGCGCUUCAAGGCGGCGGAGCCCCACGCCCACCUAACGGACAAGCUUCCUCCGGGCAUCAGCUCGCUUCUACAUAUGGCAGCUCCCUCCGACCUGAGGCGCUCGACGAGAUCUUCCGGCUCGCCAUCGCCUCCGAGUCGCAAUUCCUCACCUUCGUUUUGCACGAGAUCAAGCGAGCCAUUACCGAUGACCAAAUACAAGAUUUGCAACAUGUCCUGGCCCUCGUCGAAGACCACUGCGAUCAUAUCCGCGAAAACCUUUCCUCUGUGAAAUCUGGCGGCCAUGCCAAAUGGCCCAAAGCACCUAAGAAGCUGCGCGCAACAGCACUUGCCAAUAAAGAGCAACUGCAAAAAGAUCUCGAGUAUCUCCUAGUAUAUUCUGAGCAUCUGGUUGAUCGGUGCACGGGAGGAAUAUCUGUGAUGAUGAACGAAGCAAUGUUCAAACAAUCUCAGCGCGCGAUUGAGCAGACGGAAGCGACAAUCAAGCUGAGAUUUGCUGGUUUUCUUUUUCGCGCCUCUUUCCGUUGCGACUUCUUUCUUUUCAAUGUCGGUGAGGGAGGUGAGCGAGACGCAUUUGAGCGUUUGGGUCUGGGCUGUCGCGUCUGUGGUGAUGUUGGCGCUGUCAUUUGUGCUGUGGAAGUGCGAUCUGGGUAAGCUUGCAAAAAAGGCUUGGGCU